UUAUCUGCUGAAAAGUCAGAGUACAAAAACCACCAGCUCUCUGUGUCACGUGUUCUUGUUAGCCGUGAGUCUAAUCGAUGUGGGUAAAAAACCGAGCACAUUUCCAACUGAGGUGUCAAAGCUUGAGUAAAUCUUUUUAGUGGUAGCUGUAGAUAUGCUGGGUGUCUGGGUAAAGGUCUGUGCCAUCCUCUUUCUCUGCUACACUGCAGGUAAGCCUAAGAAGAGUGCAUAGGACCCAAAAAGAUUGAUUUAUCAUUUACUGUUAAAGCUUCAUAACUUUUAUAAAAUGGUGCUCUUUCCAUUUUUUAUAUUCAGAAGUGAAAGUGGUGGUUUGGAGAGAAGUUGGGGAAUACAUCACAUUCCAAUGCAGAAGUAAAUCCAGUCAAAGUUUUAUACAUUUCAAAAGGGGCCUCAGGCAGGAGACAAGCAUUGUUUAUGCAGAAAAAUCUAUACAAAAAAAACCUGUUGUUCGAGGAUUGGUCGACAGAGUCCAGAUAAAUGGAACAUUCCCCAAAAUAAAUAUUAUUCUUAGAAACUUGGAUUUAAAUGACACAGGACCAUACUGGUGCAUUUAUUCUAAAAACACAUAUAAGGAGAUGGUUACAGUGGGCGAGGGAUCAGUGGUCCUGGUGGUAAAAGAAGAAAACUCAUGUGCCAGAGCAGAAGCAGUGCAGGACCCCGAGGAGCCAAAGCUGAACAUGCCUAUGGUGUAUGCAGUCCCUGCUACAGCCCUUCUCCUUGGGAUCAUAUUAGGCGGUUUCAUUUGGUUUAAGCGCAAGACCAAGUCCUCUGACAUCACAGUUGAACAGACGUGCGUUGCCACCAGCACCAAGGUUUAUGAGGACAAAGAAUGUGUCAAGGCUGAAGAUGAAGCCGAGGAUGACAGCCUGAGUUUGCAGCAUGCAAACCCGACUGAAACAAGUGACACCCUGGACCACAGCGUUAAAAGAGAUGCGCGUUAAGUAGUUUUGCACCCCCACCUCAGACCAUUAACAGUUUCCUAUACCCAGUUUUCUUGUGUGCACAGAAGUGGAUGUUGGUGCCAAAUUUGAAUAAAUGAUGCUGUCAAAUGUAAAAAUGGAAAAGAUCAUUAUCAUGUUAAACAUUAGAAAUGUAUACUUGUUUUAUCUUUUAUGUGUAAUUUAUCCUUUUAUAUUCUAAGCUAAAAGGUUUUUUUGCAUGAUGUAUACUGUAAACAUUAUAAAAAUAUUUAAUCAGAGAAACAAUAUUAAUAGAUAAUAAUACACUUAAACAUUUAAUGCAGUGACGAAUCAUAUAAAAUAAACCAUUAUCACGCACCGUUAAUCAUAAAUAAAUGCUCACAUUCAUAAAAUGGACAAACCAGUCUAAUGCGUGUGUAGUUAUAAAUGAUUUUUUUGUACGCUUGUUGCUAUAGUUCAGUCAAACUCAACGUGUUUUUAAGGGACUAAGAUAACUUUCUAUAGGAUAAUGUUUUUUAUUGUGAUUUUUAAUAAAUAAAUUCUUGAUUUUC